UCACCAUAAAAAAAUAAUAAUAAUUUCAGGAAGCAAAAAAAAAGGAGAGAGAAGAUGAAUAAAAUCAGAGGAAUUCUAGAGAUUUAGCGCGAAAAGGAAACCAGAAAGCACUUCUAAAUGGUUUCACUCACGCAGCCCCUGGUUUUCCACAACCGUUUUCUCCUCCACGCAGCCAGUUGGAAUUGGAAUCCUUGUCCUCGCGUCACGAAUCGAUUACCAUCGAGCUUACAGCAAGAGACCGCGAAGUCGGUGGAAUCACCAGAGGGGAAUGAUUUGAGCUCGGAACUUUACGCUUCGGCUCCGUUUCCUCCAAUUAGAGCGUCGAAGAGAGUGGUUCUGGUCAGGCAUGGACAGAGCACUUGGAACGCGGAGGGAAGGAUUCCAGGGAGCUCCGAUUUCUCGGUAUUGACUAAGAAAGGAGACGCUCACGCUGAGACUUCGCGACAGAUGCUCAUCGAUGACUCCUUCGAUGUCUGCUUCACGAGCCCCUUGAUUCGAUCAAGAAGAACAGCUGAAUUCAUAUGGAGUAAUCGCGAGAAUGAGAUGAUCACAGAUUCUGAUCUGCGAGAAAUUGACCUUUACUCAUUUCAAGGCCUCCUAAAGCAUGAGGGAAAAGCAAAGUUUGGUGCAACCUACCGUCAAUGGCAGGUAGAUGCUGUGAAUUUCAACAUUGAUGGUCAUUAUCCGGUGAGAGAAUUGUGGGAACGUGCUAGAAACUGCUGGUCUAGAAUACUUGCUCAUGAAGGCAGGUCUGUUCUUGUGGUCGCGCACAAUGCUGUGAAUCAGGCACUUGUAGCAACAGCUAUUGGAUUAGGAACAGAAUAUUUCAGGAUUUUACUUCAGAGCAAUUGUGGCGUAAGCGUCCUAGAUUUCAACCCACGAGCUGAGGGUGGGUCUCCAUACAUUUGUCUUAAUCGUCUGAAUCAGACACCAAAUUCUCCUGUUGCUACUGGAAGUUCUGGUGCAAGAAGCUGCAGAUUGCUUGGGUGCUGA